AUGAAUUCCUCAACCCUAGGUCGGCUGGUGCCGUCAUUCUCCAGAUAUUCUGUGCAGCGAGUCGCCGGUCUACGGUCAUCGAUCAGCUCACCCUACUGCCAGUGGCAGCAACCCAGGAGAGCGUUCUCCGCAAGAUCAGCUGUCUUGGUGAAGAAAUAUACCGAAGAUCACGAAUGGAUCGAGCUUGACAGCGAUGGAAAGACAGGUACAAUCGGCAUAACAGCAUACGCGGCAAAAGCCCUCGGCGAUGUCGUCUACGUUGAACUCCCCGAGAUUGGCAUGGAUGUCGCGAAAGGCGAUACUAUCGGCGCAGUCGAAUCAGUCAAGUCUGCCUCAGACAUCAUGACGCCAGUUUCCGGCAAGAUCUCAGAUCACAACAAGCUAUUGGAGGAAAAGCCAGGAACAAUAAACAAGAGCCCUGAGUCAGAAGGUUGGCUGGCGAAGAUCGAGGUGACCGAUCUGAACGAGCUGGACGCUCUGAUGUCGAAAGAGGACUACGAUAACUUUGAGAAAGAGUGA